AUGCCAAUGAACCUUAAAGCAAAAGACAUGAUAGCUUCCAUGAACAUCGCCAAACAAGUUGCCCUUUUCCUGCUCAACUCAGAUCGUAUUCAGAAAGCCAUUGAGAUAUUCAACGAAUGUUUGAUUUUGCUAAACAACACUAAUCAAAACAGCAAAGACCAAAUAGAAAAGACCUAUUCCGUUCUUUUCAGCGCUUAUCGACGUAGCUCUGACUACCUCAAUGCGGAAAGAUACGGAAGGAAACUGCUUGUCUUAUACAGCGAGUCUAGUGACUUAGUAAAAGAGGGAGAUGUAAGCAUGGUUCUUGCAGAGAUUUUUGAGAGUCAAAACAGGUUUACAGAUGCCAAAGAACUUUACGAAAAAGCAGUUAAUAUAAGGAGGAAAACUGGUGAAAAAAUUGGAGAAGCAAGUACCUGCGCAAGAUUCGGAACUAUGUAUCAUAAACUUGGUGAAAACCUAAAAGCGAAGGAGUAUGUUGAGAGAGCCCUUGCCAUAAGAAAAGAAAUUAACGACAGAAGAGGAGAGGCAUCAUGUUAUGAGGACCUAGGUAAUGUGUUUCGGUCUCUCAGGCAAUACGAGAAAGCUAAAGAGUUUCUCGAAAAAGCGCUUGACGUCAAAUCAAAAAUUGGCGACAGAAGAGAAGAAGCAUCAUGUUAUGAAAGCCUAGGUGAUGUGUUUCUGUCUCUUGGGCAAUACGGUCAGGCUAAACAGUAUCUCCAGAAAGCGCUUGUCAUGAUAUCAGAAAUUGGCGACCAAAGAAGAGAAGCAUCAUGCUAUAAAAACCUAGAUUCGCCUUUGAGUAAAUUUUUGGCUGAUGAUUUCCGGAGUCUUGGUACUUUGCCCAUUGGAGAUUGUGAAGAUGACUCAGCAGGAUUGCGAUCUUUAGAGGGGGACGAGGACGAGGACGAGGACAAGUACGAGGACAAGAAAAAGGACCCCGACAGAGUAAAUAGUGAGGAUUGCUCCAAGGAAACAGAGCAAAAGACUUUUAGAUGCAUAAAUUGA